AGAAAGGGAUGGAAAAAAAACACAAAGACAAAAGGAUCAGUCAAAAGCUGAGGCUGUUAGAUCAGGAGCAACCAUCAGACCAUCCAGAGAGAAGCACGUUUGUUACAUCAGCUGUAGUGGUGAAAUACCCAUCAUGUUAUUGGCACUGAGCAUUUUGCUGCUAAUAUUCCCUGAGUCUCUCUCUGCUCCAGUCAGAGAUCACUGCACUACUGGCAAAAACAAACUUCUACUGAUCAGCUUUGAUGGGUUCAGGUGGGACUACGACCGAGAUGUGGACACCCCAAACCUGGACAAAAUGGCUGAGGAAGGAGUCAAGGCAGCAUAUGUCACUCCACCUUUCCUGACCAUCACCAGUCCUACACACUUCACCCUGUUAUCUGGAAGGUACAUUGAGAACCAUGGGGUGAUUCACAACAACUGGUUCAACACAACCACACAAGAGAAGAAACAAUACUACAUGACACAGUUUGUGGAUGAAUACUGGGAUAAUGGCAGUCUACCCAUUUGGAUCACUGCUCAAAGACAGGGUAAGAAAACUGGAUCCUUACAUUUCCCUGGUACUGCUGCCACUUACCAGAAAGAAACAAUCCAAGUGAAGGAGGUGGAACCGAGGUAUUAUGACCACACCAAUGAGAUGGCAUGGAGGGAGAAAGUGGACAAGGUCUUGAAGGAAUGGUUUAAAGAUCAAGACUUAGAUUUUGUCACUUUGUAUUUUGGUGACCCUGAUGAAACUGGCCACAAGUACGGGCCUGAUUCACCUGAGCGCCGCUGGGCAGUAGAGAAAGUUGACCGAACUGUGGGCUACAUAAGGGAAACUGCUGAGAAACACGGACUCAGUGACCAUCUGAAUAUAAUCAUCACAGCUGACCAUGGAAUGAGCACUGUCUUUAAAGGAGAGCAAGUAAAAGAGAUAAUACUCGCCGACAUCCCAGGAUUCUCCUUGAAAGAUCUGAAAUUCCACAUGGUGGACUAUGGACCUUUUGGGCUGCUGUUGCCCAAAGAAGGGAUGCUUGAAAAGGUUUAUCAGGCCUUGAAAGGAGGUCAUCCAAACCUUCACGUUUACAAGAAAGAGGACAUGCCUGCUCGACUACAUUACUCCAAACAUCCACGCAUCCUACCCAUCGUUCUCUAUGCAGACCCAGGAUAUGUCAUCAAUGGGUUCUACACAUUCCAGACCAAUAAAGGGGAACAUGGCUAUGACAAUGAGGUCAUGGACAUGAAGCCUUUCUUCAGGGCAGUAGGACCAGAUUUCCACAGAAACUUGUUGGUUGGACCAUUUGAGACUGUUAGCGUUUACCCGCUAAUGUGCCACUUACUGGGGAUAAAGCCAGAAAUCAAUGACGGGUCACUGGGUGACACCCAACACAUGCUGAUAUCCAACGGAGAGUCAUGCGAUUCUGGAGGCGAAUCUGGAGAGGUCCCCAAGUCAAUUCUUCAUAACGUGUUCGUUGGUCUUGCUGCUGUGGCUGGAUUUUUAUUUCUUGUGUGUGUUGUUGUUACAUCCUUCAACAUGUAUAAAAGAUGGAAAGUGAAUACAAGAGCAAAAGUCAUGGAUGAUGAGGACCAGAUAAAAGCUGACUCCAAGCAAACAUCAUUCUAAGACGGACAUUUACUUAUUCUUGAAUUGCUUGUCAUUUAAUGCUACAAUGGGAUCCAAGAAUCUGAGACCACACUGAGACGUGAAACAUUGAGGGCUUUUUUCCCCACUUAAAUCCUGGAUGUAAAAUAGAUAAAUAAAUUAAGUUAGUUAAAGAGAUUUUUUUUCAUAUUUUCAUAUUUAAGUAUUCACGUCAAGGCAUCUUGACUACAAGUGUCAUUAAAAGAAAAGAGGAACAGAUUGUACAGUACUACGCUAUUUAGUUAAUAAGUCCAUGUACAAUUUGCAAUUAACUAGGGUUGGCUAUCGAUUGGGUUUUAUUCCAUACCGGUGCCAUUUCGAUACUUUUAAAAUGGUACCGGUGCCUAAACGGUGCCUGAAUCGAUACUUCUAUAAAAAUAAAUAAAUAAAAUAAAAAAAGUCUAAAAAGGAUAACAUUAAAGAACAUUAAAACUAUUUACAAUAAAUCCAUAGCAUUCACAUUGGAUGCUCUAAUUUCCCAAGCUUCCCUUAAUCUAAGGCUAAUAAAUUUAUUUCACGAUCUGGGACAUUGUUUAAUACAACACCAAACACAAUGUUUUUACUGUAUCUCUGUCAAUCUCUCUGAUAUUUAGUUAAAAUAAGUGCUGUCUGUCACUGUCUUUAAUCAGUUCUGUGAAUGACUGUAUGCUCAUUAUUUACAAAGUAGCAACGAUGUUGUUUGUAAAGUACAGUCUUAGGCACAUUAGUAUUUUCACCACAAAAAAGGGUUUUAAGCAAGUUAUUUAUAUCUUUUGCUGUAGUAUGUCAGUAGGAAAUAUCAGUUUACAUUUCCAAACAUUAAUUUUGCCAUUAAUUUUAAUAAUAAGUGAGAUUGUUGAAUGCACAAGCAGUCUGACAACACACUGCCUAAGACUAUUGCACAGUAGUGUAUAUAUAAAGUAUGUAUAAUUAAAUUAAGUGUGUUUAAA